GAAUUUGAUAUUAGAGCGUAGUUUGAUCAGCUGCGUUACUUUCUGGAAAUGAUGGAAUCGAGAUAUCGUGGUUUUCUUAGUAAGGAUCCACUUAUGUAAACUAAUAGAUGAUUAUCUUGAUACUUCUCAAAGAGUUGUUGGUUUCGACUCCUAAAAUGCAUUUAUCAUCAAGUCUGAUUGCAUUCGCUUUAUGUGUGUUUUGCUUUGCUUUUUCGAUGCCUCCAUACAAAUAUGAGAUGAACAUUGUAGGUGGCGAAUUCAUCAUUAAUUAUCUUCAAUAUUCCCCGUUACAAUCUCGUCACCAGUUUCUAACAAUCUUACUCAAUCCAUUGCAUCUGAACUAUUCCAUAUUAGACAGAUGGUAUCCACCAUCUCAUCAACAGGAUAAAUUGAGUGAUUUUGAUGUGAUCAAGGUUUUUAAUCUGAACGAAGAUUCCACUUUACAAUUAAUUCAAUAUUUAUCAAAUGCUGAUAAUAUAAAAUCUGUUACUACACAGAAACAAAUAAAUCGUGUUCUACUGAAUUACGAUGAUAAUGAACGUGCAAUGAAUCACCCAGGCAAUUCUAAUAACCUAAAUUUUGGACGGAAUCUAAGUUUGUUUGGCGAUUCAAAGGGAAAUGCUCUUGAUGGAACUUUACCACUGGAUCACUUGAAACAGCCGUGGAAGUUGUUAAAUGCUGAAUAUGCUUGGUCUCGAGGUCUAUGUGGUAAUGGUGUACGUGUAGGCAUAUUUGAUACAGGAUUGGCAUCACCUGAUCAUCCACACUUUCUAUCGAGUAAUAUUGUUGAAAGAACUGAUUGGACAGUGGAUAUGGGUAAUAGAUCCUACUCAACAGAUGAUAUUCCAGCCUUAGAUCGACAUGGUCAUGGAACAUAUGUAGCUGGCCUCAUUGCAGCUCAGAAUCCCAACAUAUACUACUCAGAUUCUGACGGUUCUUUCAGUGAACAACGAAGAGAUACUACUUGUCCACCGUUAGGAUUUGCACCUCGAGCAGAUUUAUUUAUAUUUCGUGUAUUCACUGAUGCACAAAUUUCCUAUACAUCAUGGUUUUUGGAUGCAUUCAAUUAUGCUAUCAGUAGAAAGCUGCAUGUGAUUAAUUUAAGCAUUGGUGGACCAGAUUUUUUGGAUAAACCUUUUGUUGAUAAGGUUUUAGAGUUAUCCGCAAAUGGAAUUCUCUUGGUUUCUGCAAUCGGCAAUGAUGGUCCUUUGUUUGGAACUUUGAAUAAUCCAGCUGAUCAAAUGGAUGUGUUAGGUGUUGGUGGUGUUGAUGCUUUGGGUCGAGUUGCACAAUUUUCAUCGCGUGGAAUGACUGGUUGGGAGCUACCAACAGGUUAUGGACGUGUUAAACCUGAUAUUGUCACAUUUUCUACCGGCGUGAUUAGUUCCAAUUUAGACGGUAAAUGUCGUGUGCUAUCUGGAACUAGUGUAGCGUCACCAAUUGUAACUGGAGUUGUUAUCUUACUGAUUAAUGCUGCUGUAAGUCAUAAUCUCAACUUGAUGAAUGGUAAAAAUCGAAACGGUGGUUAUGUUACCAUAAGCAGCAACAGCAGCAAUAACAACAAUAGUAUAAAUCAGAUAGAAGAUUUGAACUCAUUUUCAUCGCAUGAAUCUGUUCCUAUCAAUCCAAUCAGUAUUAAACAGGCUUUAAUUGCUAGUGCAAAUACACUGGAUUCAGUGCAUGUGUUUGGUACAAGCUCAAUAAAAUGGUUGCAAGAAAGAGAUCAAAGUAGUAUAUUUGAACAAGGUGCUGGCCUAGUUAAUGUUCAAUCAGCGUUGGAGAUUGUACAACGUAUGAAGCCUCAAGCGAGUCUUAUCCCGAGUUACUUAGAUUUAACUAAAUGUCCAUAUAUGUGGCCAUAUUGUUCCCAACCAUUAUACUCUACUAUGCGUCCUAUUAUAUUCAAUGUAACAAUUUUGAAUUCUAUGCAUGUGAUUGGUCGUAUAUCUCAAAUACCUAUUUAUCAUCCAUUUAUCAACCAUAAUGGACAUCGUCUACAUGUUGGUGUAUCGUAUUCUUCACAUUUAUGGCCAUGGGUAGGAUAUUUAGCUGUUCAUCUGAGUGUGGCACCUGAUUCAUCCAAUGAUAGUAUACCAUCGUCAUAUUUCUCAGGGAUUGCUGAAGGUUACGUCAGUCUUGUCGUCGAGUCAUAUGAUCAUAUCAGAAAUCAGUCAUUGAUUACAAAUCUCCGUCUGCCUAUUCGAGCUAAUAUUAUACCAACUCCUGAUCGAUCAAAACGAAUUCUCUUUGAUCAAUUUCAUAGUAUACAUUAUCCAUUUGGCUUUAUACCACGAGAUGACUUGACGCGAUCGAAGGAACCGCUAGACUGGUUAGGUGAUCAUAUUCAUACGAAUUUUCUUGAUUUAUAUACGCAUCUACGUAAAAGAAACUAUUUCAUUGAAGUAUUAACUUCUUCUUUUGACUGUUUCAAUGCCUUCAAUUAUGGUACAUUAAUCUUAAUUGAUCCAGAAGAGGAAUUCCAUCCACAAGAGGUGAAAAAACUCUUCAUCGAUGUAAUGGAGUAUGGUCUAUCGUUAAUUGUUUUUGCCGAUUGGUAUAAUACCAGUGUAAUGCAUAGUCUACGAUUUUUUGAUACAAAUACUAGACGAGUAUGGAGCCCAGAUACUGGUGGAUCUAACUUACCUGGUCUUAAUGAUUUGCUUGAACCAUUUGGCAUCGAAUUGGGUGAUUCCGUUUUUGCUGGAAACUAUGUGGUUGGACGUCGGACUGUUUCAUAUCAUUCAGGUACCAGUAUAAAACGUUUUCCUGUACAAAACAUUGCUAACCGUACUGGUCGAGCUGCACUGCUGAAAUCUACUCUUGUUGAUAUAGGUGAUCAGUUUAUACAGCAUUUUCGUCAAGGUGAUCCCUCCGAAGAUUCCAGUCAUAAAUCUGAAUCUGAACAAUCACCAUCAUUGAAAAAUAAUAAACUAAUGAAUUCUGAACCUAAUUUGCGCUUAAAAUCGAUAGUCGGUACGGACCCAACACCUUGUAUAUUAGGAUUAUGGACUCCGAUUGAAGAUGGAGUUAGUGAGACAGGACGUUUGGCUAUUUAUGGCGAUUCAGAUUGUUUAAGUUCAACUCACUUGAAUUCAAACUGUUUUUGGCUGCUGGAUGCAUUGCUUCAGUUUUCCACUAGUUCUAUGGGACGAAUCCCGACUACUUUAAUGGAGCGAAUGUCUAUCCCAAAUGCAACAUAUUGGUUUGAUCCUUCACUGGCAUUACCUCGUCGUAUACAAAGUUCUCAACUGAAUAGGUAUAGUAAUGUGAUCCGUAGGGAAUGGAAUCCUUAUAAUCUGACUUCUAAUCGUUUGCCAUCAAAAGCUUAUCGUCCAGUUCAGUCGUGCUAUGUAGCAGCAGCAGCCCCUGUGAUGCUAGAUAAAACUACGCCAAACGAGUCAUCAUUAUAUCGCCCUCAACGUUUACUUCUAUAUCCACUGGAAGCAUACCAGGCGUUGAAAAAAGCAUAUACUAACCAAUACUGCCAUUCCUCUUUAUCUGAUGACCGAUCGUCAUUGGUCAAUAUACGAUUCAAAAGACUACAAUCUGUUCAACUUUUUCUCAAACAAUCGAACUUUUAUAGUUUCUUCAUAAACCAUUAUCUUUUAUUUUAUAUUUUCUCUAUUCUGACACUUUUUUACUUUUUUCAUAAGCAUUUGUAGUAUUUAUUCAUUAUAUCAUUAAAGGUGUAAUCUAUUCAUUUGGAAGUGUCUACUCUAUGGUUAAGUAUUUUGUAGUACGGUUUUUACUCGUAUUGUAUAGUUUAUAUAGGAAAUUUUUCGGUUGUGUUGCACAAAACGUGUUUGACAGGACAUCUAAAAGUGCCAAUGCCAUGAUCAUCACCACCACCACCACAGUAGUUAGCACAGUGCCGAGCCUGUCAACAUCUAAUAUUACGAGAACAAUUCAUGAAAGCGGUAGUACUAGAAAACCCAAUAUAUUCAUACAUAUACAUAGAUAGACACUCUAUUUGUUAUUGGUCUGGUUACUGUGUUGAGUACCACUUUGAAAUGUGAGUUGUAUCCUUUGAUUGAUUGUGUUAGUAAUAUCAUCUAACUACUAGUUCAUUUCUCGUCAAUCAUUGUUAUAAACGAGUAUGAUGUUAAGUUCCAGUCUUUGUCUGUCUCCUGUUUUUAUCAUCCUACUUUCAUUUCAUACUUCACUGUAUAUAUACAUAAGCUUUACUCAUACUAACCUACUUUCAUAUUCUGUAUAACUUGUAUGUAUAACAUUAUUGUAUAUAAUGUAGGCAUAUCAAUAAUUUAAUACGGUUGGCAAUAAUAUAUUACCUUUGUCUAGAAGAUGAUAACAAGUGUUGGUUGAUUCAUUAUGUAAGUGACUGGAUUGAAGUGAUGAUGCCAAGCGAUGGUGGAAAUUAUGUUUAAAAUAACGUAACAUGGUGUGAAUUUAUAUUGUUCGCUGAUACUUCCUUAUUGUUCGAAUGGAUCGUUGGUUAUUAUCUGAGAUACAUGUUUUUGAAAUGAAAUCGAUGAGUCUGAAAAGCUCUUCUUCAUCACCGAAUUUGGCUCGCUGGUAAAAGGUCGAACACAGAGAAAUAUGCUCUGUACGAAAUGAAUGUACAAGAAUAGAAGUGGAUUGCACAUGCAAACCAUAAACGAGAUUAAGCAGACAAUAAGAAGCAGGAUUACAUGCUUGAAAUUUCACAUACCGCCGUCAGAAACAUGUGGUAAAUCAUGAUAAGUUAUUUCACCUCUGACCUGCAUCACUUUUAUGUUUAUGAAAGCUGUAUAUUUUUUGAAACAAAGUCAUCUUUGCUAUCAUAGAUCAAUCCUUUUUUUCUGAUAUUUUUCCCCAACGCUCUAAUGCAUUCACAAAUAAAAUGUGUAAUGAUAGCUUGUAACAUUAUAAGGAAAGACCGAAAGCCAUUACUGAAUUCGUGUAC